AAGCUGCAGCCCGCCUGUCAUCUCCUAUGAUGUCAGCGGCAUAUGAACACUGAUAGGAGCCCUCAGCAACCCCAGUUAGCCUUCACCUGCCCGCGCACACUUCUUACCUUUCCUUCUUACCUGCAGAAGUUAGUGCUCCGAUUCGCAGAGUUUCUACAUCGUGGAUACGAUGCUGUUCUACGGGAGUUGCAGCUUGCUGCUGGCACUGGUGACUUUUCACGGCGCCGCUCGCACCGAAAUGGUGUUCCGUUGUCCGAGCUGCACUGCGGAGCGCCAGGCGGCUUGCCCGAUGCUCACGGAGACGUGCGCGGAGAUUGUUCGCGAGCCUGGCUGCGGCUGCUGUCCAGUGUGUGCCCGGCAAGAGGGCGAGCUGUGCGGCGUUUACACACCGAGAUGCUCCAGUGGUCUGCGAUGUUAUCCCAAGCCGGAUUCGGAGUUGCCCCUGGAGCAGCUGGUUCAAGGGCUCGGGAAAUGUGGACGUAAAGUGGACACUGAGCCCACUGGAAGCGCAGAGCCUCGGGAAGUUAGCGUUGAGGUACAGGACUCUUUGGACAUUGGUCUGACUGAAGUUCCUCCCAUAAGGAAGCCCACCAAAGACAGUCCAUGGAAGGAAAGUGCUGUCCUUCAACACCGUCAGCAGCUGAAGACCAAGAUGAAGUACAAUAAAGUUGAGGACCCUAAAGCACCGCAUGCCAAACAGAGCCAGUGUCAGCAGGAGCUUGACCAGGUGCUGGAAAGGAUUGCAAAAAUACCCUUCAGAGAUAACAGGGGCCCCCUGGAGGACCUUUAUUCCCUGCACAUACCCAACUGUGACAAGAGGGGGCAGUACAACCUGAAACAGUGUAAGAUGUCAGUGAAUGGACAUCGUGGUGAGUGCUGGUGCGUGAAUCCACACACAGGAAGACCCAUCCCCACCUCUCCACUGAUAAGGGGUGAUCCCAACUGCAGCCAGUACCUUGAGGACAUGGAUCCCUCUGUGGACCCUCAAAACUAAGAAUGUCCUAAACCUUCCUAUCCCUCCCCAUCUUGACCUUCAAGCCUACAAACCCACACCCUUGCCCCUAAAUGAGUCAGUGUUUUACACUCUCUAAACAAGCUACCAAUAUACCUUCUGUUUAUAAUUUUUUUUUUUUUGCGCUUGUAGAUUUGAGAUGGUUUGAAACAGUAUUGUUACAGUUAAAGUACUGAUAUAAAUGAACUGAUAGUAUUGAUUCAAUCCAAGCUAAGUGAUGACAUAUGACCAGUGGACUGAGAUUAGCAGGCUCAUACUACUUUUCUUUAGGAAAAUAACUAGGACUGUAAAACUUACCUUUAACACUUUCACAUACUUCGUAUGUAUCUUGUACUAAUCAUGAUGUAUACGUUGUAUUUCUCUCAUGAUAUUACUGGUGCUAUUUGUUUCAACACACUUCUUUUAUAGGUUGCCCCCUCUAUUGUGCAGGAAUGCUAUAGUAGUGCUAUAGUAAUGCUAUAGUUUUUAUUGGAUAGGACAGUAUUCCUUUUGACAAACGCUGAAGCACUACAUUGUAAGUCGGUGAGGUAGUGCCUUACCUUAAAUGAUUUACAGAAAUAAAUUAUAUGGGGCUGCUUAUAAAGUCUUAAAAUCUUUUGGCUUAAAAAACCCUGAUGUAUGCAAACAAAAGUUGUUCACUUAAUUUUCUGUUAAUGCAUCAGGAGUACUCAAACCAUGUAGUACUAGGACUACACAGUUUUUACUAAUGCAGUUGAUGUUCUGUUCCAAUUGCAUAUAACUACUGACAUCUGGUGGUCACAGAAAGGAAGAAAAAACAUAAUUAUAUAAUGCUGCAUAAAAGGUCAAUGAAGAUGUGUUAAAUAGAUUUAAUAGAGCCGUUUACUAACUAUUUUAACUUAACAUUGUGAUUUACUUUGUGCAAAUUUUAUACACAGUUCCACCUUGCUGUUAGGUGUCAUUGUCACUUGGUAUUUUGGACCCAAUGUUUUACAUGUACACAAAUAAAGAAGUAUU